GCUUACUCGGCCGGUAGUCGGCAGCCAGGGCGCGCGCUCCCUUCGCUCACGUAAACACCACAAAAAUAAACAAAUACGAUAAGCCCUGGCUGCAUACAACUCGCUCUUAAAAAAAAAAAACUCAAAAUCGAAUAUCGAACGAAGCACAACCCUAAGCUUUCGCGCCUUUUCGAACUGUCACUCAAGUGCAUUCAAAAGGAAUUGAAGCAAGACGAAGCAAUAAUAUCGUGUUAUUAGUUAUUUAAUAAACGAGUGUUUAAUUAUCAAUUAAUAAGCUCGUUUUUAACUGUGGUUCCGAGUUGUUGUUGUCGGUUUGAAGUUAUGUCAAGAGUGAUCUUCAAUUAAAUAAGUUCAAUUAUAGUGUUAAAUAAUUUGUUAUAAUUGAAUAAUAAAAUUGUUGUCGUUGAUUUUAACAACGAGGAAGGCAAUAACUGUUAAGUUUCGUGUUUUUGAAAUAAAAUUAAAAAAAUAUCGAUAAAGUAACCUACUGACCUAAUUAGAAUAGAAUUAGUGUUGUAAAUUAUAUUAAAAAAGCAAUUAAAUUCGUCAAUUUAAUAUAAAGUCUGUGAUUGAGUUCUAUUAACCCCUAAAGUGAUAAGGCCUAAGUGUUGGGGGCUCCUAAAGUGUUAGGUGCUUCUAAAAUAUUGGGGGCCUAAAGUGUUGGGGACCACGUUGGGGACAACUAAAGUGAAGAGUGGAAUUUGGAACGAAAAGGCGGUUAAUAAGCAUCAAAAUGGCGUUCGCGGCAGCUCGCAUGAUCCUCAAGGACAAGAGGCGAAAGGCAUCCAAAGAAGACUUCAGGGAUCCCAGAAACAGAAGCAAGGCUCGGAGCGCUAGCACCAGUAGCUUUAGGAGUGUAAGUCAGGCACGGAACAAACCAGCCGAUGGUGGUGGCCACGUCAACCAGAAGAACGCUGCAGGACAGAAAUCAACGACACCUUGUCAAAAAGGUGGCCCAAAAACCCCGGUAAAGCCGUCAGCACAGAAAGGAGCAGCGAAGACCGCGCCCCCGAAGCAGGCCGCAGCGGCAGCGGCAGUCAAAACUCCUCAGGGCAAGAAGAAGAAAGGGCAUAAGCAUCAGCAGUAUGAGCUCAUUGUUACCAUCAAUCUGUCUGAAUAUGGCCUCACGGAAGAACAAGUUGCAGAAUUCAAAGAAGCCUUCAUGCUGUUCGACAAGGAUGAGGAUGGCACAAUCACGAUGGCUGAGCUUGGAGUCGUCAUGAGAUCGCUUGGACAGAGACCUUCAGAGACGGAGCUUCGAGACAUGGUGAAGGAAGUAGACCAGGACGGCAACGGUACCAUCGAGUUCAAUGAGUUCCUCCAAAUGAUGUCCAAGAAGAUGCGUGGGGCUGAUGGGGAAGACGAACUGAGAGAGGCUUUCAGGGUAUUCGACAAGAACAACGACGGGCUGAUAUCGUCGGUGGAGCUGCGUCACGUGAUGACCAACCUGGGAGAGCGGCUCAGCGAAGAGGAGGUCGAUGACAUGAUCCGCGAGGCAGACCUCGAUGGUGACGGCAUGGUCAAUUACGAUGAGUUCGUGACAAUAUUGACGUCGAAAAACUAGUAUGCAGACCACAGGCCGAAGAGAGAACCUCCCGGAAGCCAGUGCCCAUACUCGUACCUCCAGCGGUACGGAGGGAAAGAAACUCUUAUCUAGUCCUAAAAAUAUAGACGUGUUGCUAAAGUGGAUCAUUUUAUAGAACGCGCUUGGUGGCAGUGUAUACGUACCCUUAUUUCAGUUUCCGCGCACAUUUCAGUACAGUGCGAUUUUUUUGUCGCACUUACGAUUAUUUUGUCGCAUUUGCGAUUAUUUUGUCGCAUUUGCGAUUAUUUUGUCGCACUUGCGAUUAUUUUGUCGCAGCAAUGUGAAUUUUAAUGUGUAGUACUGAUUAGUAAAAUUGGUGUGUGAUAGCUAUUUUGGUUUUAUACUGCUUCAAGUGUCAUAUUAUAAGGCCUUAAGAUAACAAGUCAUGUUGUACAAUAUUUAAAAAAUAAUAAUAAAACUAAACGAAUGGUUCGAAUAGAUUUUUUUAUAACAACGCAAAAAGGGCUAUCUUACGUUAAAAGACUAAAUAAAACACUGUAACUAUACCUAUGUAUUUUCGUAAAAAAAUGCAGUAAUUCAAUAUGUCCAUCCUUCAAUAGUAGUUAUUUGACACCACGUAACAUAUUGUUCCAUGUUUGACAAGAACUUUUAAAUAUUAUGGAGUUGUAUAAACAACAAUUCGUAAGAGACAAAUUCAUUGAAGAAGUUACUUUAUGCUAAGGGUAGAUCCAAGUCGGACAGUCUCUAACGGAAUUAAAUAGUUUUGCAGUUUUAUCGAUCUCCUCACUAUUUUUCUUUUUGGGAAUUUGGACUACCUUUAAUAUUCACGUGACCAAUAAACUCUAUCAAAGUAUUUUUCUCUACUCAUCAAAAAAUUAGUAGAUAGCCCUUUUACAAAAUGUUUAGAUCUACGAAACAGUUAAUAAAAGAUACGAUUGAAUCGCUCAUUAAUCGGCAUUACUGCCGUAAAUCUUGGUGAUUGCUGAUUAAUAACUUAAUAGCAUCGGGCCAUGGAGAACAAAAUGACUAGCGGAGAUAUCAUAACGCAAAAUCUCUAAAGAAAGUAGCGAGACAAAAGGCGAGUGUUCGGGAGACGAGGAACGUUACUAGGUCCGACUUUAUACACCUUCUAUGGUACCAGAUAAUUAUUAUCAAUCAAUUAAGACCAAUCUCUGACAGUUUGGUUUUGAUUUGACAAAGAACCCGAACGUCUCGUUAUUAAUAGCAACUGUUCACGCCUACUGUUCAUUUUGCUUUCAGUUACUUGACCUACAAAAAUACAUCUGAACCUUCCUUAUGGCAUCUCCGCUAUAUUUCCUUCAUCCGUGCAACGGGCCAAAAUAAUACCGCAUUUGGUCAUUUUUUACUAUAGCAAAAUACUUAAUGAUAGCAUUUUGAACUAAAAUAAUAAAUACAUAUAGUCUUUAUUCGAACAAAGACUUUGCAAGUUCCGUUCUAACAUGUUAACUAUGUGUAAGUAAUUGAAGAAAAUAAAAUAAUAGUAAUUGAUAUAAAUAAUAUGCUUAAAAAGUGCUUUGAUGUGCAUUAACAGUUUUGUAAUAAAUUAACGACAGAAUAACAUUGUAUUUUUUUUUGUAAAUUAAUUCAUCAUUUUUGUAACUUACGGAAAGCAGGGUUCACUGCGUUUUACUUUUAUACAAAAAAUAAUUUCUUUUGCAAAUGAUAAUUGCUUUUCAUAACCGUAAAAUAAUAUACCUAUAAUAACUAUUACAAUAAAAUUUAAAUUUUAAGGAUUCAUUACACGUUUUAAAUGUAAUAUACGUCGUCUCAGUGUUAUGCUUUUGUGAUUAGUGUAAUGAUUCUUUAAAUAAGUUCAUAACCCUUAAGAGUACCAGCAGACUGCAAACUUUUAGUCGGCCGAUAGAUUGUUUGGGCCCAUACAUAAGUAUGAAGAUGAAUGGAAGUGCGCACGUUAUAAAGACCAGGUAUUUAGCCGGUAUCAGACCGACUGAAAAAUUUGGUUGGAAUAAAGAUUUUCUUUAAAAAUAUUUUUCCAACCAUCGGGCAACUUUCGGCCGACUUUUAGUCUGCAGUGUGCGGGUAUCCAAAUAUACCUACAUAUUAGAAGCAAAUAGUCAAAAUAGGUGAACUAACAACAUAAAAAUUAAAGAGAAUAAAAAAUAGUUAUUAUUAUAACAUGUUCGGUUGUGUCAACAUUUUUUGUAAAAACAGUAAAAUGAUAGAAGUUUCUAGAAUCGUACGUAUACACGUUGUAUGAAUUUGUGUAGGUAAAAUUAGAAAAAAAAAAUAUGUGUAAUGUCUACUGAAAGGUUUCCGUUAGUCUUCCAAAAUGUGGAGUGACUGAAUGAGCCAAAUGUUACCAGAGUUCAUUAAUAUUACGAGGAAUCGAAAAAAAAAAUAUUUAUAGUACUAGCGAAGUAAUGCUAAGGUGAUUUUAUUUAAUUGUAAAAUUAAUUAAAAAGGAGGAAUUUUACCAAAAUCAAGCGAAAAGGGUACUUAUAUAAUAUAACGAAAUAGUAAAAAUUUCUACAUUUUGCUAAGCUCUUAAAGACUAUAAUAAAAUUUUAAUGGAAACGUUUAGGAGUGUAAGAUCAUCCUACCAUGCAAUGUUUUAUUUUAUUUGAAUAUUAUAUUUAGAGAGAAGCGAAAGAUUUCACGUUAAAUCCAAUAAUUGGUUGAUUUUUAUUAAAAAUUGUUGCUUAAAAGUUAUUUUGUGAUUAAUAAGUUGUAAAGAUUUUGUAACUAGGUAUGAUUACUUAAACAUUUUUGUUUAGUUAAUUUUAGCUUUUAUUUACAACUCUAAAAAAUAUUUAUGUCAUACAAAAUUAAAAAUACAUGAUUAUAUACAGAAACGUUACAGUUGUUCACUAUAUUUAUACCAAAAGAUACGUUAGAAAUAAUCUAAGUAUUUAUUUGAUUAUUAAAAGCAUUUUAUGACAAUAAAAUUACUUAAUUUUAAAAUAGGUCAAAUUUUAACUUAUAGAGAAAUAAUAUUUUAAAACCAAAGUAUAUUUAAAAUGAAAAGGAAAUCGUUUUAUUUAUCACAUAAUAUUUUAAAUUGUAAUAAUAGUACAAAAUUAUUUAUCAAUUAUAUUAAAUGACAAUUAUUGAAUUAAAUUCAACAAAGUUUUAUGUCGAAAUAAAAAUAUUUAUUUCAUAUUUUAUUAUAUCAUGUACGAUAUGAAACAUGACAUAUAAAUAUAUAUGGCAUAUAAAAUAAUAUAUGAAUAUGAGUAGAUUUGGUAACGCAUUGUGUUAAAGUAAUGGUAACUAUUGUAAACCAACGUAGAAAUCAAUAGCAUAAAUGAAAUUAUAUUAGAAUGUUCCCAUAAUAAUAUAAUAUUAUUACAUUAAUGAAUAAACAAAACUAAUUGGGCUGAAUAUUAAUAAAUAGGUGUCAUUGUCAUUUUAAUUAAAUUUUAUAAUUACUUUAUUUUUUUUUAUUAUUCCGACAAUCACAAUCACGUAUUAUAAGAUUAAAAUAAUAUACACAUGCUUAAAAUUAAAAUGCCAGAUAUGUAUAGAAUAAAAUCCAUUUUAAUUAUUAUAAUUUUUAAAUAAUUAUGUGUGCUGCUUAUUUUAAUAUUUAAAACUUUCGAAUUCGGUUUAUAAAUAUUUUAAUAAUCCGAAUGUAUUUUCUUUGCAAAUAUUAUAAGUAACAUUUUCAGUUAUUUUGUUCAUUUUAAAGCCUAAUAAUUAAUUAUAUUUUUAAAAAGACCUCGAAAUUCAUCACGACUGGGUCGAAAUCAGUUGAAUUUUAAUACAUUUAUGUAUAAAUCAAUAUUGAAUGUAUAAAAGUUAUGUAUGUAAUGUACCUAUAUGCAAGUUAGAUAUUUGAUGUAAUUAGAUCAAUAUACAAGCUUCGUAUGAAACAAGAAGAGUUUUAAUAAAAUUGAUAUGUGAA